CAAUGAUGCGAUGCACAAAUAAAUAUUUCUAAUCUUAUAUAUCUGAUGAUGAUGAUUCUGAUUUUCAAAUGAGAUAUUGUUCCUGGUUCAAACCUAGUUUGUUUAACCUUAAACCAUAUGGUGCUUAUUCCAUCUUCUGUCAGCCUUUGGUCUCUUCAUGCGAUUCUACACCAUUCGGAAAUAAAAUGUUUUCCUAUGGUAAUAAGACAUGUUACAUUUUCGGCUCAUGCUCUGGCCUUCUCUUAUUUUACGUAAAUGGUCUCUUCAUUGUAAAUCCCCUCACAAAGACAUUUCGAAUCCUUGAUCACCAUGGAUCAAAGCUUAUACCUAUGAUACUUGGUGGAAGUUAUUCCAAAAAAGAUUUCACCAGAGCAAUGUGUGUAGGUUUUGCGGUAAAUCAAAACCGAACCAGCAAAAGUUUUAAAAUCGUUUGCAUUCUUGAGAUGGGAAUGGUGUACGGCUUCGAGAUUAGCGACGGAUACUCUUGGAGACUAUCAGAUACAACCAUCAACGCUGGUUCAAAAAGUGAUCUCAUGACGCGGAUGAAACAUGUUUACUUGGACAACACUCUUCACUGGUUGAGAAACGACGGAAGCAUCGUAACUUUCAAUCCGGAGACGGAGCAAGCACGAAUGAUCCCAUCCAUAUUCCAUCGGGAAUCUGAUACGAAGUUACUAUUGGCAGCGGACGAUAAAAUCAAUCGCUUGACCUUAAUAUCGGGCACAAAAGAAAAAAUCUCAGUUUACACACUAUUCGAGAAUUCCAAAUGGACCCUUGCUAGGCGGAUCAAGAUUGUACCAAUGGAAGAUAAUAUUCUUGUAUGCUGGGACAUGGUUGCGUACGACGGCAAGCGUCUUGUGGUGAGAGAUAGGAAGAGUACUUUCGAAGAUCUGGUUCAUGUAUAUGACCUAGAAACUAAUAGUUGGAGAGUUUUGGGGUCAACAUGGUGUACGCGUAAUAAUCUUAGAGACUUCUAUAAGUUUACGCCCUCCUUGUUCUCUAUUGAGUUGGAUGAGCAGACAAAGAUUAUCGUAGAUUCGAAUGACCAACGCAUCCCUUAUCUGAUCGCGCUUAUGGGACUCAUUGGUACACAAUUACAACCAACUCAACUAGAUCUUUUUGGGUUGGUCAAAGCAUGA